AUGGAACCAAAAAAUCCUGACAAAAAUAAGCUCAAAAUCAAGCUCAAAUUCCAAACAAAAAAAUCUACUCCUCCUGUUGAUGAUGAUGAGUUGAAGGAAGCCGAACUCGAACUCGAAACUGAACCCGAACCCGAAGAAGUUGUAAACACUAACAAAAGGGUUUGUCCACAUUGCUCAAAAGAGUUCAGUAACGGAAAAGCACUCGGAGGUCAUUUAAGAAUACACGCUGAUUAUAAGUCGGCGAAGAAGCAAAAGUUCGUAGUCGGAUCGAGUUCGGGUAACCAGGAAUUCUGGUGUAAUAUUUGUCAUCGAAGGUAUCAUUCUGAGAAGGCUCUUUAUGGUCAUAUGAGGUCUAACCCUGAUCGUAAAUACCGCGGUAUGGAACCGCCUAACGGGUUCGUUAAUGAGGAUGAGGACGAGGAUGAUAAUGAUGGCGGUGUUAGAGAGUUGCGGUGGAAGGUUACUGGGAAGAGAGGACAGAAGAUAAUGGAUUCGACUACGAUGGAGGUCGGAUCGUCGAGUUUCGAGGCGGCUGCUACUGAGCUGAUGUUGUAUAUGGCUAAUUCUGUCGGAGUUAGUAAAGACGAAGCCGAGGAUGAGGAUGAGAAUGAGAAUGAGAAUGAGGGUGAAUUUACGAAGAAGGUGAAGAGGUUAGUUAGGGAGAAAUUGGGUAAGAAAAAGAUGGAGGAGAAAAAAAGUGGGAUUAAAAAAGAGAAAUUGGAAGAAAUUGAAGGGAUUUUGAAGGAAAAAGGGUUAAAAAUUGAGGAAUUUGAUGAAGAUGAGUUGUAUUUUUUGCAAGAUGAUUUGGGGAUUUCGAGUGUUUUUGCUGAUGAUUAUUAUAAUUCGGAUUCGAGUUUAGCUAGUUGGAAUGAUGAGGAGAUUGUUGUUGUUAGUACUAAAUCUGAUAAGAAGAAGAAGAAGAAGGAGAAGAAGAAGAGGAAGAGGGUUUCGGGUUUGGAACCCGGGUUUGAACGACCUAAUAAGAAGCAUCAUAAGAAAGAUGACGAUGAUGGUGAUGGUGGUGAUAAUGAUAAUAGCGGUUAUUCGCCGCAGACGCAGACGCCACUUGAUUGGUCGUGUUGUACUUGUGGGAAGAUAUUCAACAGUCACCAAGCUUUAGGAGGUCACAGAUCAAGUCACAACAAAAAGAAUUAUUCAAAAUCGUCAUUAGCCCUAACCCUAGCCCAAGAUGCCCUAACCCUAGCCCAUGAUCCAAUUCAGAUCGAUCAACGGUCCGGGUUAACUGAUGUGGGUCCGGGGAGUAGAAGUGGAAGUGGUGAGGUUAAAAGUGUCAUUGAAGUGGGUGAAUCUUCUUCGUCGUCACCACCCGUACCGGCUCAAACCAUCCAUACACCGUCUGCUCAAACCAGCUCACCGUCUGCUCAAACCAGCUCGCCACCACUGGGUCAGAGUGAUCGCCUUCCUUACAUGAUCGACUUAAAUGUCUCUUUAAUGGAUGAGGUGGAAGGUGUUAUUGAUUCGGGAUUUUGA